UCGUCUGCGAGAGGAGAGGGAGGCUCUUGCUAGGUUUUAGCAGCGCAGGUGCGGCGGCGGGGUCCUGCCGUCGAGUGUUAGGUUGGCCGGAGCGAGCAGCCGGGAUGGCCAAGGGCGACGACGCGCUCGCGCGUAAGCGCGGGAAGGUGCGCCGGAAGCGGAUGCGCAGCAGCGAGAACGCCGUCUCCACGCGCGUCGCCGCCAUCAUCGCCUCCAAGCGCCGCCGCAAGACCGGCAAGCGCCGCGGCUGCGAGGGCAUGUGCUUCUCCCUCCCUUGCCCCGAGGACCCCUUCAACGAGCGCCACGGCAAGAAGCGCAGGACCGACGACGACGCCGACGCCGCCGACGCCGACGGCGACCAUAAGAAGAAGGGCAAGGAUUCCAAGAAGCGGGCCAUGUCCGGGUCCAAUGCCAUACCCGUGCGGAAGACGAAGACGGAGGAGGACCGCGUGGAGCAUGACCGGCCGUCCAAGUUCCUGGUGGUCUGCCUCAACGCGAUCCGGGACGCGGCGGGGGCGUCCGACGGCGACAGCGGCAGCAUCCACGACACCUCCUCCUGGGGCAUGCAGCUCUGGGAGUCCUGCGCGGCGUCACCGCCGGUGGACGUGCUCGACACCAGCUACGCAUACGCCACACGGGAGCAGACGUCGUGGCUCGUCUCCACCGCCUGCGACAUCGUCGCUAGGAAGGAGAAGCUCGGUGUGGUAGUCUCUUGCCCCUUCCUGCUCUACCUCGUCCCCUCCCAGGAAAAGGCCGUGCAAGUGCGUUCGAUAUGCAAACCUCUAAAGUCUCUUGGGAUCCAUUCAGUGAGCUUGCAUCCUGGCGCUUCAAUAGAACAUCAGAUUUCUGGACUAAAGAGUUGUGAGCCAGAGUUUCUUAUAUCUACUCCUGAGAGGCUUCUUGAAUUGGUUUCACUAAAGGCAAUUGACAUAUCAAAUGUAUCAAUGCUGGUCAUUGAUGGGCUAAGGGAGUUUGAGGCCCUUAAUUUGAGCCCCAUAAUUAAUUCUGUUCGACGUACCAUAUCAAGUGAUGCUCAGGUUACUAUCUUCGGUGGUCAAUGUGACCAUAGUUCGGCAACAGUGGCGAGAAAUCUUCUGCAUGGAAGAAUUACAAAGCUUACUACGAAUGAUUCAGUUACUUCUCGAAGUAAAUUUAUAGCACAACAUGUACAAUGUUGUACUCCAGAGGAGAAGACAUCAAAGGUUAAGGAAAUUCUUGAGCAUGUUUUAGUAGAGCAUGCUAGUAAGACAGCAAAGGUUUUGCUAGUAGCUGCGAAUGAUCAUGAAGCGCAGAAGCUCACUUCAUCCCUCAAACUGGAAAUUUGCACAGUGCCUGGUGACUCCAGCAGCACGUUUACCAUUUGCAGCAGCAUGGGGCUUAUCAAUGUCCUUGUGAAGGACUGGAAGAGCUUGGCAACAACAGGUGUUGAGGAAUUUGAGAUUGUGCUGGUUGCGGACUUGCCUCCUUCAUUUGAUGAUUAUGUUGAGAUCCUCAGCAGGACAGCUCGUCAUGUGGUUGCAGGGGAGGUGCAUGUUAUCUUCUCGAACUCUGAUGCUGCUCUUGCGAAGCCCUUGUCCGAUGUUCUUGCAAGCUGCGGACAGAACGUUCCUGAGUUGCUAACAAAAUUGGCCAGAAUUACUCCUGGUAGCGAUGGUUAAUCAUGGUCGCUCGGACAGGUCGUCGAAGUAUCUGCCAUCCACAACUCUUCCUGUCACCAAGCAAUUUUGUCAGUCUCCAACUGUUUUCCGUUCCUUUUUUCGUGUAAUUCUCAUGUGUCGCAUAGCAAUCAUGUCUCGCCUUGAUGUGUAAUGCAUUUGACUUCCUAUUGCGAAUGCGGCAAAUGCCCUUUCUGUAAGAACCGAUGUGCAUUCUGUAAUAGAAAGGAACAUCUGUAAUGAUUUUUCAAGACGAUAUAUAAGUUUCUGCUGGAAAUA